UUUCUCUCCUUUCCAAGCAACUACACCUCCCCUUUCUUCCGCAGCAAAGAAACCCAAGAGAUCUCUUUUGUAUCCCUAGCUCCUGCUUUACCUAAAGAACGUAUCUUCUCUUUGUUUAAACCCCAAAAAAGAGAAAUUAAAGAAACACUUAAAUACAACUCGACACAUGCACUUCACCCUUUGUCCUAGGCAGUGCUUUUGUAAUAAAUCUUCCUUGCCUUCACUCAAAGAACAAAGCAGAUUGGACACUUCUAGCACUAGUCCUCAUAUAAACACACAGCCCCAAGCGCUUCCAUUUUCCUCUUCUCAGUCCCAACACAUUCACCCCACACCCCCCCCCCCCACACACACACACACACAGCACCAUGGCAUCACAACUACAGCAGCAGCCAAUCCCCACCCAACAGCAGCCAACCACCACCCAACAGCCUCUCAUGAUGUACCCCUAUAACGUCCCAGGGCAGCCGCCGCCCAUGUCCCGGCUCCACUCCGACGGAUCUUUUGGGGCGGUCUUCAUAGUGCUCGCCGUGAUAGUCCUGGUGUCCGCCGUGGCUUGCUGCCUCGGCCGGUUCUGCGGUCGACGCCGCCACGAGAAGCCCAAGGGAGCAAGCAAGAAACACGCGACCGCCACCACCGGUCGGCCCCCCAAAGAGAGCGAUAUCGAGUUCGGGUUCGAUCACAAGAAGAUCAAAACUGCCAAUAGGCCGGUCAGGUAUGGAGAGUACAAAGGAAACAACAACAACAAACAAGGAUUAGAUGGUGGGUUUGUCUUCGACUUCAAGAAAGGAAGCAAGAUGAUGCCUUCUAAUGGUUAUGAUGGCGAGCCCACGGUCGGCCCAUGAUGGUAUUGGUAUACACAUUGAAGGAGAGAAUACGUAGCUUCAUAUAUAUAUAUAUAUAUAUAUAUAUAUAUAUAUCUGUCAUGUCUCGUGAUGGAUCCUAGUUCUUUCAGAAAUUUUUCUCUGAUCUAUGCUUGUAAUGUUUGCUUGUAGUUCUGUAGAGCUUGUUCUCUUGUUAUAUGGAUAAAUGGAAGAAGGGAAAUUUCUUUGUCCA